CCUAUUUCCAUGCCCUCUUCUUCUUCUUGCUCUAAAUGUUGGUUCAAUCUCAGCCGAGAGGUGCACUUACAUUGUGCACAUGGACAAGUCUCUCUUGGCUAAGCCUUUCACCAGCCCCCACCAUUGGUACUCCUCCAUUCUUGAUUCCAUCACAAUUGCGAAUCCUGCAACAUCAAAACGCCACAAACCUAGCCUUCUCUAUACCUACGAUAAUGCAUUACAUGGUUUCAGUGCAAUUCUAUCCAGAGAUGAAUUGGAGGCCUUGAAGAAGGCACCCGGCUUCGUCUCGGCUUAUGCAGAUAAGCAAGUCACUCUCGACACGACCCACACAACCGAAUUCCUUUCCUUGAAUCCUCAUUCCGGUCUUUGGCCGGCUUCCAAUUAUGGCGAAGAUGUCAUCAUCGGCAUGAUUGAUUCCGGUGUGUGGCCGGAGAGCCAGAGCUUUAGAGACGAUGGAAUGCCUGAAAUUCCUAGAAAGUGGAAGGGAAUGUGCGAGGAAGGACAAGAAUUUAAUUCUUCUAUGUGUAACCUAAAGUUGAUAGGAGCUAGAUACUUCAACAAGGGAGCUAAGGCCGCAUAUCCUAAUGCUAGCAUUAGCAUGAACUCAGCACGGGACACUGUUGGCCAUGGAACGCAUACUUCUUCAACUGCGGCCGGAAAUUAUGUCAAUGGUGCCUCAUACUUCGGGUAUGGUUCGGGCAUUGCUCGGGGUGUGGCACCCCAAGCUCGAGUGGCCAUGUAUAAGGUCGUUUGGGACCAAGGGCGCUUUGCUUCUGACGUUCUAGCCGGCAUGGACCAAGCCGUUGCUGAUGGGGUUGACGUGAUUUCAAUCUCUAUGGGCUAUGACGACACUCCUCUUUACGAAGAUCCGAUUGCCAUAGCUUCCUUUGGGGCAAUGGAAAAGGGCGUCUUUGUUUCUUCUUCAGUUGGCAAUGAUGGGCCCCUCCGUGGAAUUCUACACAACGGGAUUCCAUGGGUUUUGACCGUUGCAGCUGGCUCCAUUGAUCGUUCGUUUGCUGGAACAUUGAGGCUAGGAAAUGGGUUAACCAUCACUGGAUGGACCAUGUUCCCUGCAAGAGCAUUGGUGAAAGACCUCCCUCUCAUUUACAACAAGAACCUAUCAACUUGCAAUUCAACUAAAUUGCUUUCCACAGCCCCCUAUGGGAUUCUCAUAUGUGACGGUAUUGGUGACCCCUACGGCCAAGCAGAUCAUUUGUUUGCCUCAAAUGUGGCUUCAGCUAUCUUCAUCUAUGAUGACGUAGAUUUGGCCGAAUUGGAGAGCUUUCCUUAUCAAGGUGUCAUAAUUAACUCAAACGAUGCCCAAACUGUGAUCAAAUAUGCAGAAUCUGGGAACAAUCCCACAGCUAGUAUUUACUUUCAGCAAACCAUUUUGGGCACAAAGCAUGCACCUUUUGUUGCUUCGUACACUUCAAGAGGGCCAGCACCAAGCUAUCCAGGCGUCUUGAAGCCAGAUGUAAUGGCACCAGGGUCCCUAGUUUUGGCAGCUUGGCAUCCAGAUUCAGCCGUAGCAAAAAUUGGAAAAGUAGAAUUGUCGAGUGAUUAUAUAUUCGAGUCAGGCACCUCCAUGUCUUGCCCUCAUGCUUCUGGCAUAGCCGCGCUACUAAGAGGAGCUCACCCAGAAUGGAGCCCGGCAAUGAUAAGAUCGGCGAUGGUCACCACCGCGAAAGCACUCGAUAACACUUUAAAUCCCAUUCUAGACCUCGGCCUAACUGAAAUUGCCACCCCACUAGCCAUGGGAGCUGGACAAGUUGAUCCAAAUACAGCACUUGAUCCGGGCCUUGUGUAUGACGCUGCUCCGCAAGACUACGUCAAUCUCCUCUGCUCUAUGAACUUGACCCAGAACCAGAUCCUCACCAUAACAAGAUCCAGGAGCUACGACUACUCAAACCCGUCUUCGUGUCUCAAUUACCCGUCUUUCAUUGCUUUAUAUGCAAAUGAAACAAGGACAAUUAUUCAGAGAUUCAAGAGAAUUGUGACCAACGUUGGAGGUGGCGCAGCUAUGUAUAAAGCUAAGGUGGAUGCACCAAAUGGGUCAACGGUCUCGGUGUCGCCGAAUCGAUUGGAGUUCAGAAGGAACUAUGAGAAGCAAACAUAUUCCUUGACCAUAGAGUAUCGGGGUGACAAGAAUGGGUCAGUGACGUUUGGUUGGGUAACAUGGGUCGAAAAGACUGGGAAGCGCACUGUAAGAAGCCCCAUUGUUGUGUCACCUACCAUUGAAACCUGA